ACGGUCGCACACAGCAUGUGAUAAAUGAAAAAUAAGUCGAUAUAAGAGCAAACUUGGAUUUUGAAACGCAAUACAGAAGCCUCAGUCAUUGAACAAUUAAACUGAAGUAAUGUUUAAGGCCCAAAAAACACGAUGUGCCUGAUAAGCGGCAUGGAGAAAGUUAGACCUCGAUGAUGUUUAUUGAUGGAUUAACAAAAUUGCAAAGGAAGAGAACCCAGCAAGGCAACUCAACGAAACUAUUAGAAGCUAUACACCUAAGGCACUUUCAGGCCUGAAAUAAUUGGUUAUUUUCCGGCCACCAUAAGCGAUGGACAUCUUUUUACUAAUAACCGCCAUAAUCCUGCUAGUAGCAUAUGGCCUACAUCGAAUUCGUAAACAAGUGAACUUCUGGGCGGACCUCAACGUCCCACACAAUCCCGUAAACCUACGUCAAAAUGUAGACCAAUCGAUUCACAUGGCCCGUCGCUUCCAAGGGUACUACCAUCGGUUCAAGGGGCAGUAUCCCUUUGCCGGUAUGUACCUAUUCACCAAGCCGGUAGCGUUGGCCAUCGAUCUGGAGCUGUUGAAGUGCAUAUUUGUGAAGGAUUUUCAGUACUUCCAUGAUCGCGGUACGUACUACAACGAGAAGGAUGAUCCCCUGUCGGCGCACUUGUUCAACCUGGAAGGCACCAAGUGGCGCAACUUACGGUCCAAAAUUUCACCCACGUUCACAUCGGGAAAGAUGAAGAUGAUGUACCCGACGAUGAUUGCGGCCGGAAAGCAGUUUAGCGAAUACAUGGAGGAGAAGGUUGGAAAGGAGUGUGAACUGGAGCUGAAAGAUCUGUUGGCUCGGUUUACAACCGAUGUGAUUGGAAUGUGCGCUUUCGGGAUUGAGUGCAACUCAAUGAAAGAUCCGAACGCGGAGUUCCGGCAGAAAGGGCGGAUGCACUUUGAAGCGCCUCGUAACAGAAAGAAGGAUAUGCUGUGCUCUAUUGCGCCAAGGUUGGCUCGGUUGAUGGGAUUGAAGCAGAUUAUCCCCGAUCUUUCGGAGUUCUUCCUAGGAGUGGUACGCGAAACCAUCGACUACCGAGUCAAGAACGGAGUUCGACGAAACGACUUCAUGGAUUUGCUGAUUGGAAUGCUCACUCGAUCCAAUACGGAGCUCGGACCGUUAACGUUCAACGAGGUGGCUGCACAGGCGUUUGUGUUCUUCGUAGCAGGGUUCGAGACUUCAUCUACCACAAUGACUUGGGCUUUGUAUGAGCUCUCGGUCAACCAAGAUAUCCAGGAAAAGGGUAGAAAAUGUGUUCGCGACGUGUUGGAGAAAUGCAAUGGCGAUUUGAACUACGAUGCGAUCAUGGAGAUGACUUAUAUCGACCAGAUUUUACAAGAAACAUUAAGAAAGUACCCACCCGUUCCGGUUCACUUCCGCGUCGUAACCAAAGACUACAAAGUGCCCAACACGGAAACCACCCUCCCGGCAGGAACGUCCGUCAUGAUCCCCGUGUACGCCAUUCACCACGACCCGGAGGUUUUCCCCGAUCCGGAGAAAUUCGACCCCAACCGAUUCAGCACGGAGGAAAUCAACAAACGGCACCCGUACGCCUGGACUCCGUUCGGGGAAGGUCCCCGAAUAUGCAUCGGAAUGAGGUUCGGUAUGAUGCAGGCCCGGAUCGGACUUGCUCUGUUGCUGAAUAAUUUCAGGUUCUCCAGUGGAGAAAAGUCGACUGUGCCGCUGGAUUUCACCGCCAAGAGCUUCAUCCUAUCACCGGAGGAAGGGCUUUGGCUGAAGGUGGAAAAGCUUUAGUUGUUUGCACCAUGUACCAACACCAACAACUAGAACUGUAUAGAAUGUAAUAAAUGAUGCAUUUAGUA